CUUUAAUCACUCAGUCUCAGUUCAGUCGGCCAUUUCUCUCUAACCGGACGUUUUUCAACGUUUUGGUUUCUUUCACGUGUCUCUAUUUGAAAGGAUUUAACCAUGGCUGAACAAGAUGAAACUGUCAAGAAGAAGAGGUUGUUCAGGAAGUUUACUUUCCAGGGUGUUGAUUUGGACCAACUCCUUGACUUGCCAGGUGAACAACUUACCCAGUUGAUGCACUGCAGAGCUAGGAGGAGGUUCACCAGGGGACUUCGUCGCAAGCCUAUGGCACUUGUCAAGAAAUUGAGAAAGGCCAAAAAGGAAACUUUGCCCAAUGAGAAACCCGAGGUUGUUAAAACACACCUCAGAAACAUGAUUGUCAUGCCUGAGAUGGUUGGAAGCAUGAUCGGUGUUUACAACGGCAAGACCUUCGCCCAGGUUGAAGUCAAGCCUGAGAUGAUUGGCCAUUAUCUUGGCGAAUUCAGCAUUACUUACAAGCCUGUAAAACAUGGUAGACCAGGUAUUGGUGCUACCCACAGUUCUAGGUUCAUUCCUCUUAAAUAAAUAAAGAGUUUUUAUUUAAACGGGA